CCACGGAAGUGAAACCUUUACCCGCGCAGCAUCAUCAUUGCGCGUGGACUCGCUUGAUCGGCUGCCAUUAUUAAUGUUCUACAUCAUCAUCGUGUAACAUGUGUAACACGCUUUUUUAUGUUUGACCGACGCCACCUAAACGCAUCACUCCACAGCGGACGGCGAUGUUGAUUGGAACUGAAACCGAAUUAACAUAUUUCGAAGCUUUUAUAUUCCAACGAGGCGGUGAAGUGUGGUUGGUGUGUAACGGGUUUGGGGAGGGGGUGGAGAAGCUCACGCGUCUUCCGUGACGUCACGUCAGGAAACCUGUGGAAAGGGAAAGUUGGUGGACAUCACAUUCACAGGCUGAAUCAUUCCUCAACUAUGGAGGCUUGUUUCAAAGCAGCAGGCGAGGGCGAAGAUGAGUGUCAGAUCGCCGCCGACUGGCUGAUGUCCAAAACGGACAUGCGGCCGACUGUUGGCAUCGUGUGCGGUUCCGGUUUGGGGGGUCUGGCCGAGAUGUUCAAAGAGCGUCAGGUCUUCAAGUACUCCGACAUCCCCAAGUUUCCCCAAAGCACGGUGCAUGGUCACGCUGGUCAGCUGGUUUUUGGAACACUAACGGGAAAGACGUGUGUUUGCAUGAAGGGCAGGUUCCACCUGUACGAGGGCUACCCCGUCCAGAAGGUCACGCUGCCCAUGCGAGUCUUCAAGCUGAUGGGCGUGGAGACGGUCAUCCUCACCAACGCAGCUGGAGGCCUCAACCAGAACUACAAGGUGGGCGACAUCAUGGUUAUCAAGGACCAUAUCAACAUGCCAGGAUUCGCAGGAGUCAACCCAUUGGUUGGACGCAACGAUGACAGGUUUGGUGUUCGUUUCCCCUGCAUGUCCGACGCCUACGACCGCGAGCUGUGUAAGCUGGCACACGACGUGGCAGCGGAGCUGGACUUCAGUGAUUUUGUGCAAGAGGGGGUCUAUUGUGUCCUGGGGGGGCCCUCCUUCGAAACCAUCGCCGAGUGCCGCAUGCUGCACAAGCUAGGAGCGGAUGCUGUGGGAAUGAGCACGGUGCACGAGGUGAUCACUGCCCGCCAUGCCGGCAUGCGCUGCUUUGCCAUGUCGCUCAUCACCAACCGGGCGGUCAUGGACUACGACAGCCAGGAGAAAGCCAACCACGAGGAGGUGCUGGAGACGGGCCGGCUGCGGGCGGUGCAGCUUGAGCGUCUGGUGAGCGCCAUGGUGGGACGAAUGGAGAGGAACCACAACAACAACGCGGUUUGAGGACCGAGGCCUGCUUCUUCUUGUUUUGACUUUACAAUGUUUGUCUUAGCAUCCAGUUAACACGCACUUGGCUUCCGCUGUAAGGAUGAAACAUUCAACAAUGUGUAAUGUUUCACUCCCGACGGCGCUGUUUUCACUUUGUAACUUAACUUAAAAUACUGUACUAUUUAUGCUUCAGGCCGCUCACUGAUCCGGAAACAAAAUGAGUAAAGGGAUUUUUUUUUGUAUAGUUGCAUGUUUGGGGACCAGACCUUUUUUUUCUUAAAUUAAGUGAUUUUGUGCCGUGUAAAAAAAAAAAUAUUACAGAAUAUUUAUAGAAAUUGUAUUUAAAUGGAGCUCUAAUAACAUGUAAUAUGAAAAAGAAGAAAUGGAUCAUACUGGCCUUAAAAAGUCAUAUCACUGAAAUACAAACUCAGUUGGUCUACUUUUUUAAUAAAAUGCCUUUCUAAAGGAUUUCACGUGUCAUUU